GUCGACAAUGGCCACGUCAGAUAUAUCGUUUGACGCUUUGAUACCGCUCAUCGUGUGGCAGUUCCUCAUACCCAUUGGAGCAGGAUGGGUACAAACAGUCCUUUAUGGCAUCUUUAUUCGCGCCGGCGACCCUAAGCCAAUGCCCGGUUCUCCGCGAUAUGUCAAGCAUCGUCGCAAUAUUCUUAUCGCCAUCUACGCAGCAUAUCUUACAUUCACCAUCUACGAAGCUGAUUACAACCAGCAACGUUUGAGCAACGUAUACCGCGACCUCGGCGUACCCAUAGAUGUUGACGAGAGUGGCAUCAACUCGCGCUUCAGGAGGCUGACAAUCAGAUUUCACCCGGAUAAAAUAGGACCCAAUGUGGACAGGGAGCUAGCCAACAACUACUACGUACACUUGAAGCACUCAAGGGACAUACUUUUAGAUCCAGCCAAGCGCUUCGCAUAUGAUCGCUUUGGCCCAGACAUCAUCGCACAAUGCCGACACUGCGUGACGGUCAGUGACUAUAUCAGCGAAUCACUGGCGUCUACGGGCUUGAUCUACGGCGUUCUGCUCAUCAUGUUGAUCGGCGCAAGCGCCCUUCGCAUUCAGACCACUGGCUCAUACUGGCGCUACCUGGGCCUUCUUGCUGUCGCAACCUUCGACAUGGCUACCGCUCUGCGCCCAUAUCAUCCUGUGUUCCUCUCCAAGUACCUGAAUCCGCUCCUCACAUCAACUAAUAUCCGGCCCGCAUACCUACCUUUUCAAGUCCUCAGUAUCAUGAAGAAAGCAGCCAUCUCCUUCACGCAGUUCCUCGCUCUCCUCAUGCGGCUUUACCGUAGCGACCCACAACAAUCCGCAAAAUCCUCCAAGGACACGGAAGAGGCAAGGCACAAGCAGCUCGACCGUCUCACGGCGUUGGUUACCGAGACCAAUAAGGAUGCGAACAGACUUCUGGAAUUGGAGAGCAUACCCUAUAGGGAAAACGAGAAAGCAAAGAGCGAGCUGAGAGAGGCAUUGAAAAAGUACAUGGUACAGAACGUGGUGCAUCAAGAGAGGGAGGUUAGAAAUGCAAUGGGAGAGGUUAUGAUGAGGAGAAGAACCGGCGCACCGCACGGCGCACACGGAACAAAGUAAAUUUCGUAAUCUAUACAAACAUCAAGUAGCAAUUC